GCCAUGCCCGUUCUACACCUUUCUUCUCCGAGAUCAAACCAAAAUCCUCCACUGAAUCGACAAAUCGGAAUCGGAAGAACAAAAAGCUCCGCCGAUGAGAAGGUUUUUUAUUUCGAUGUCGCCGGGGCUCGUUCGUCGAACCUCUGAUUUCAGCUGCAGUGCUCUGCGCUUCUACUGCGAUCGCCCGCACCCUGGAGUGCUUGCAUAUUAUAAGAGCCUUGUUGAUCAAGGAAAGCUGCAACAUGAUCCUUACCAAGAAAAGGUUGCUUUUGAACUAGAAAAUUUACUUGGAAGAUUGAAGCAGUAUGAGAAGGACAUGGAGGAAUACCAUUUUAAACUUGCAAAAUGGGAGGAGGAAAGGGAAAAUGAACGGCGCAGGCUUCUGAUGGAAGAAGCUAAACAGCAAGAUAUGCCUAUACCUACCAACAACCAUCAAGGUGUUCUUAAAAAAUGGAUAUAUAGGAAAAAACCAGCAAAUGUGGAAACGGGGGUGGGAAAAUGGGUUUCAUAUCUAAACCGUGAGAAGAAGUUGGAUUCGGUAGUUGGUCGCUGUCCAAGUGCUCCUCCAGCACCAAAGGGAUUAUAUCUGUUCGGGAAUGUUGGAAGUGGGAAGACAAUGCUUAUGGAUAUGUUCUAUGGGGCCACAGAAGGAAUUGUGAAACAUCGAAGAAGGUUUCACUUUCAUGAGGCUAUGCUUGAAAUCCAUCAGCACAUGCAUAGGACAUGGAAGAAUCAAGUGGAGCAGAAAUCUCUACAAUCAAACAUUUCUGGUUGGUUCAUGAACCUUCCUUUUGAUACAAAAGUCAAAGAAUGGAUAGCUGGUGAAGAAAAAUAUAAGCAAGAUAUUCAAAUGCAAAACGUCCUUCUUGAUGUUGCUGACAAGUUUCUCAUCGACCAGGAGGGAAACAAGGGAGGAGCAAGCAUUCUUUGCUUCGAUGAGAUACAGACUGUUGAUGUUUUUGCUAUUGUGGCAUUGUCUGGAAUUGUUAGCAGAUUAUUGAGUAAGGGAACUGUUCUUGUGGCAACCAGUAACCGUGAACCAAGAGACUUAAAUCAGGAUGGUAUGCAGUGGGAAAUCUUUGACAAGCUAGUACUGAAGCUUGAAGAGCACUGUAAAUGUGUUCUGAUUGGAAGUGAAAUAGAUUAUCGCCGUCUUAUAGCUCAAAGAUCGAUAGAGCAGGCUCACUACUUUUGGCCUCUGGAUAGCAAAAGUAAACAAAUGUAUGAGGACAUGUGGAGUCAGGUGACAAAAAAAUAUGGUGGAAAGGUUACUUCUGAGACUGUUCAAGUGAUGUUUGGAAGAACCUUGGAAGUUUCUCAGAGCUGCAAUGGGGUGGCACGGUUUACAUUUGAACAUCUUUGUGGCCAGCCGACUGGAGCGGCAGAUUAUAUUGCAAUCGCUAACAACUAUCACACAGUCUUCAUCUCAGACAUUCCUGUGAUGAGCAUGCGCAUCAGGGACAAGGCUAGGAGGUUUAUCACUCUGAUUGAUGAAUUAUACAAUCAUCAUUGCUGCCUCUAUUGUUCUGCUGAAGCUUCUGUAGAUGAUCUAUUUCAAGGAACUGAAGAAGGAACAUUGUUUGAUUUGGAAAGCUUCCAAUUUGAAACAGAAACAGAAGGCGGGAGACUUCGGAGAGAUGUUUUAGCUGAAGGUGGUACUAGUUCAGGAGGCUCACCAACCGGUAUUAUUUCCAUGCUUUCUGGCCAAGAGGAGAUGUUUGCAUUUAGACGAGCUGUCUCGCGAUUGAUUGAAAUGCAAAGCCGUGUUUACCUUGAUGGCACUCGCCAUCUUCACCCUUAUUUUCAGUCCCCGCGCCGAAAUCUUCAGCAGAUUAGUGCCAACUAAGAACCUGUUCAAGAUAUAAUUAGUCCUGGAUAAAUCCGCCAUAUCGUUCCUCCAACAUGAUUUGUGCAACCAGAAUUCCCAGGCAUUCUACCUUGAUGAUCAAUUGAUCAUCAAUAAUGUGUCUUGUUGCAACUUGCUAGUUUUCAUGAUAUGAGAAAGGGUGUUGCUAUGUCCACCCUCAUUUGGCUAUAUCAACUCCAUUAGUAUUAAAUUGACAAUUUUAACCUCAAUAAUACAAAAGAGAGAAUCUUGAUGCAAGGCCACUUUUAUGGGUAAAAUUGUCUAUUUAAUAUUGAAGGAGUGGAUAUAUAGCCAAAAAGGAGGUGGAUAUAGCGACUGUUUGGCUUUUGUUUUGGAUCACACGGUUGUUUCUUAUAUUUGCUGCCUCUUGACAUUGACAGUAUAUACAUAUCCCUAUUCAAGGCACCAAAUGUUGGUCCAUUUUUUAUUUUUCUCAAACUCUGUGAUGCAGAUUGUGUUAUAAUUUGUCUUUUUUUUUCCUCAAAGAAAAACGAGUGAAAACU